AUGACGCAGAAGACGCUCGCUGUGGAGAAAGCCAGCCUCUCUCCGGGGCACUCGGCUCAGAGCAGCCCGACCAAGAAGAGGGAGAAGGCGGCCCAGAUCCGGAAGAGCUUCCAGCGGCCCAAGUUCUGGGUCAUGGGCUUCGGGUGGUGCUUGGCGGCCUGCGCCGGCGCGGCCAACGUCAUCGCCUUCAAGAGUUGGAACUUGUAUGCGUCGCAUGUGACGGGCAGCACGUCUGCCAUGGCCUUCCGCUUGGAAGGGUACCACCAGGGGGAGUUCGGUUCGGAGAGUUUCCGCGAGGCCUUCUUCCUAGUCUUCUCGUUUCUGGUGGGCGCCUACACGUGCGGCCUUCUUAUUGACAAGAACCAGGUGCACUUUGGAGGCAAGUCCUCUUACGGCCUGGCCCUUCUUAUGAACUCGACGCUUCUUGUCCUGGCCGCGUUCAUCCCGGGGCGGCUACUCCCCGCGUGCUUCGUUGCCACUGCAUGCGGCUUGCAGAACGCCAUGUGCACCUCGCACUUCGGCGCCAUUGUCCGAACCACGCACGUGACCGGCACAGUCACAGACAUCGGGUCCACGCUGGGCCGCAUCAGCAUGAUCUACCUCCGCAAGGGCUGCCGGCGCUCCCGCUUGGACGACAUCGAGCGCGCUGAGGUGGGUGUGGACGCGCGGAAGCUCGCAGUGCUCUUCGGCCUCUGGAGCUUCUACUUUGUGGGCGGGCUCAUCGGCGUCUACAUGGAGAACGUGAUCCCCGGACCUCCGACCCGUGCGCUGCUGCUGCCCGCCUUCUUCACGGGCAGCCUGGGGCUCUUCUACGUGGCUUGCCGACAGCUCCUGAAGGACUACAUCAAGAAGCUGGAGAAGGACCGGUUCGAAGCAGACCUCAAAGAGGCCCAGGAGGCCAUUGCCCACAUGGGCUCGCGGCUGCAUAGCCUGGAAACUGGCAACGACGAGAGCCUGGUGGUGGAGUUGGACGAGGAGAUGGGGCACAUGAUCGAGGCCCUGCACGAAGUGGAGGCGGAUUUCGACAACUUCUACCGCCAGCACAGCCGUGUCCUGGAGCGCAGCGAUAGCUCCGUCAGCAAAGAAGGCACCGCAGUCUGA